AUGUCAAACGACGGCGAGGGCCUUCUUGGUCGGCCAGUAGGCGAGCUAUGGGUGGAACUGGAACAAGACGAGAAACAGGAUUUGUGCGACUACCUCAUCUACUGUAACAAUUCCGACGUGAUGCAAGAGUUUGUCUCCCAGGUACGACACCGAAGCUAUCUCAAGGCGCGACGGACUGGAUCACUGCUGUCCUCGAAGGACGCACGCUCUGGUCCAGUCUCUUCAAGUGCGGGCGAGACAUCUUCGGGUGGGGGAAAGAAGCGCAAGAACGACGGCGCAGACUUGUCCGACCAGGCAGAGAAGAAAGCCCAAUUCUCUAGUUGUUCAGGAUCGGCCACCAAUACUAUCUUGCCUAUCUCGAGCAGCCAAACAGCUCCACUGCCAGAGCCCGCGGCAGGCGGUACGCUCACCACAUCUGCUACGACCUCAUCGAAUCUGAACCUUUCCGUACUACAUCCCGUCGCUCAGUCGAGCCAGACUCCUUCAAUUCAAUCUCCUACGGCCACGGCCAAUGCCUCCUGUAUCGCAGCGCCGCGAAGCAGAUCCGAUUUCGACACUUCCUCCACCACGAAUAACCGCGAUCAUCCCUUCAAAUAUUCGAAUGCCCCAACAAUAAAUUCGAAUCAAAAUAGGAGCGGUCAGUCCAUGGCUUCACCUCGGCCUCUCUCAGCAAUUGUAGGAGCCACAAGCAACUCUGAAACGGGCACAAACGUGGAAGUGCCCUCUGGAACUGCUGUACUGGCUUUCUCUCCUCUCUUGGAGAGGGAACCACACAGCACCUCAGAGAACUCCUUCCAGAGCAUACUGUUCCAGGAUCCGUACAAGAGGUUUUCCGCAGAAGAGCUGAGAAUGGCAGACUAUGCUCAGGGUCGACAGUACGGCAACGGACUAGCAGGCGGUAGCGGCCCACUUGGAAUAACCUCUUGGUUGGGUGGAGGCCCAGGCAAGUUUGGUACCCAAAACACCUUUGGAAACACCAACACUGGCGGUGGCUUCGUCGGAACCACCCAAAAUAACACCGCGGGAUCUGGACAGGUCGCGACAUCAGUUCAGCCUGCGGUCCUUGGUAACACAGCAGUCUCCCAAUCCCCUCGACCUGCGAUUUCAACCCCUGAUGAGGGUUUGCUCGCACAUGGCCAACAACGCCAGCACCGUCAGUACUUGUCAGUCUCAAGAGGCAGGCGAUCACGACGACCUCGGACUCGAGGAGGUUCAGGCCAGAACGGGUAUUAUUGA